GGCGACAAGAAAAAUGGAUGUGCGUGCACGGAAUAAAGAAUUUGAUCCCAACGGUCUAGGGAAAGAAGAUCGCUUCGUCUUUAACCUGAGGGAACCUCUUUGGGACGCUGCUGGAGAUGCUCUUACAUGCACAACAUCGAUGGAUCCACUGUACACAACAUCUCUUUAUCAACAUCUAACAUGCUCAUAAAGAUAAAAAGACUUGUAAAUUGUAAUAUACUGGUAGAUAAGGUGAAACACACACACUUAUAUGGGCUAAUGGUUAAAUGAAUUGAAAAGGGUCAGUCACGGGAAGUGUUUUUACAAGAAAAAGACAGAGUGUUCCUGAAUCAAGGUCUGCCAUUUUCUUUAAAUAAUGCAACCAGGAUGAGUAAUAACAAACAGGCACACAGUUUGUAAAACCAGUCAUAAUCCAAUCACUAUUUUUCAUACUGUAAAUCUUGUUUUGGAAUGCAGCAUUUAGUUGGCCUGUCAAUGAAAGUGACUGUUUGUAUGAAAAUGAUGAGUAUAGUGUUGAAUAUUAAUUUUUGUUUUAUUUUUGCAUGAAAAAUGAGAAUGACUUGGCCAAGUUAUAUGUAUGGAGUACAAGUUUGGAUCAAUGAAUGUGUUAAAUUUAGUGCCAGAAAUGUAAAUUCCAUAUCAGGAGACAUGAAAUUCAGACAUUAAAAUGAUUGCACAAAGAUUUAUGACAUUGUUUGUAGUUUCUAGCAAAGGUGACUUUUAGUUUGCAUUAUUAUAUAUCAGCUGCUGUUUCCUCUUGCAUUCUUUCCUGUUCAUUUUCUCAGUUGCUCAUGUCACAGUCUUUCUUCUGUAUAUAUCAUCUCAGUGGCUCUUUCAGGCUUGGAAGUAAAAUAAAUUCAGCAUCAUUACCUGUCUCCUGUCAGCUAUGCAAAAAACUAUAGGGAAACGGACUACGAUCACCGAGAAGACGCAGCUUAACUGCAAAUGGAAGCUUAUUGGUAUUUGCAACAAUCCCCAGGCUCUUGCUCCAACUCACAAGCUGCUGUCCAAUGUAAAGCAUGAGAACAAACAAGUCACUGGGUCUCGAAGGGGAAGUACUGAUACGCCAAAUCUUAGUAGUAGACCAACUGUGGAUGAUGAAUUGCACAAGUCUAGGAAGCUUUUGGAUGCAUUUGAUAUUUUGAAUUCGAACAGUGAUCUUUUCUUGAAACUUCUACAAGAUCCGAAUUCUUUAUUGAUGAAACAUAUCGAAAGCCAAAAGGAUAUGCAAGAAAAGACAGCAAGAACUACUACCUGUCAGGAGAACAAUCUUCCGGAAUCUGGCUCUGGUAGUGCCCUUCAUAAGUAUCAGAAGCCUCAACAUACUGUUCGCAAGUCCUUAUUUGAUAUAAUGAACGAGCAAGAAUGUGCAUCGAAGGACGAUGAGAUCAUAAGUACUUCAAAUUCAGCUAUUGCUCCCAAGGCAAGCCAGAAAGACCACAGAAGACGCGAGUUAGGGAAGCAUAGAGAGGAAGGGCCGAGCAGUGCAGCUCAGAUGGCGACCAGCAGUGAAUGUGCCACUGUUAGCCGCUCUAACCAAAGGGAUUCAGAGGCAAAGAGACGCCUUUCAAGAAGGCUAAAAAAUGUGGGGAAGAGUGAAAGUGUAUCAGGCAAAGAAACCCCAAGAUUGACAUUGAAGAGAAUACUGUCUUCACCAAAACAUGGCUUCGUGGCCUCUUCUUGUCCGAAGAUGGAGACAGAGGACAACAGUUUGCAGCCUAAAAAUGAAGAUGAUUCAACAAAACUUGCAAAGAUACACGAAACUGGCUUUUUAACUAAAGAUUUGAGCUCCAAUGAUUGUCAGAAGAAUCUGAAAGUGAACGAUACGAUACAGUCAGUAUCUGCAAAUCUCUCAGAGAUGCCGUCUAAGGACAGCAACGUUCACUCUACUGAUGCUGAAGAAAGCACCAGUACAACCAGACAGCGAAAGCAAUACCAAUAUUUGAAAUGCUCAACACAGGAUAUAAAUUUGGAGAAUCAGAUCUUGACAUCGUCAGCAGAAGUACCCUCCUCAAAUCAUAUUAGCAAAUACAGAAUCGAACUUGAGGGAAGCUUUGAAGAAACAGAGGAACAUCUAAGUCCAGUUUCGGUACUAGAUUCACUGUUUAGCGAGGAUGUCACCAGCCCCAGUAGCAAGAUGAACCAUCCUGCUAAACCUCAAGGAGAACCUGAUCAUGCUACGUUUGAAGAAAAACCAGUUAAAGUCGAUCAAGUUGAUCCUAAACUCAAUAUAUGUAGCUGCAUACGAACAGUUUUGCAAGCUUCUGAAUUAAACUGGAAGGAGCUUUCAGAGAACUCGCGCUCAUCAGGCCAACUUCUCAACUUAUUUUCAGUCCAUAGAAGGGAUCUUUUUGCAGAUUUUCUAAACGACGUCUUACAGGAGGUAAGCCAACAGAAUGUAGAAUGCAUCAGAUGGUCAUCGUUUAUUAGACCCGACACUCAAGCCUUUGGAGUACUUGGCAAAGAUGUGGUUGAAGAGGUGAUGAAAGAAGUUCACUGGUAUCUUGUUCCAUCAAUACUACCACGUAAACUCGAACACAUUGUCCGAAAAGACAUGGAAAAACCUCAGUGUUGGAGUGGCAGGAGGCAUGAUACUGAAGAAAUUGUCAUUCAGAUUGUUGAUGAUGUAUUAGAUGAAUCAGUAAUGGAAACCAUUUCAGCUAUUGGAGAGUAUGACUACUUCUUGUAACUCAGACAAUUUUCUAUUGAUCUUCACAGUUACAUUGGAAAUUUCUGAUAAUAAAAUUAUCAGACAUAUUAAUAAAUAAUGGCUUAGAAGGUACCAAUGUACUCUAGUUAUCUGUUAAAAAUUAAUUAGAAUAAAAUACAUACAUUCUGUA